ACGUAGGAAUGCAGCUUCGUUGUGGCCGAAUUUACGAAAAUGGGUCAAAGUGACCCAGCAGUAGUUGUUGCGUUAUAAAUAUUUUCAAUUUAGCACUUUAUGAAAUAAUUAUUUUGUUAUCCAUAAAAAUGGAUUCCAAAUUAUACACGGAUGCGGAGACAUUAUUUAGACAUUAUAGAAAAUGACGAUUUUUGGCAGGACCUCGAAAACGUGGAUGAAACUAAUGAGUUCACGGAUGAUGAAAAUGACGCCAAUGUGCCCUUGGAAAUUGCUGAGAAUGAACAGGACGCUCUUAGAAAAAUUUUGGAGGAUGAAGAUAAAAGCGAUGAUUCUGAAGAGGACUGCGAGCUAUUUAGUGAACAUGAUUCUCUGAGUGAGGCUUCUGGGGUUUUUGGCAAUGAUGAUUCUGAGGAAGAUCAACCUCUAAUUAAUUUUACGUCUUGCAUUGGAAAGGAUGGAACAAGAUGGUCAAAAGGAGCAGCAACACGUGGAAGAGCAGCAGCUCAUAACAUUAUUUACACUAAACCAGGUUUGAAGGGCUUUGCAUUGUCCAAUCCACCCAAGUCACCUGAGUCAGCAUGGAACUUACAUAUAAAUGAUAAGAUCCUAAAGAUAGUUUGUAAAUUUACAAAUAUAAAAAUUGGACUGUGUCAGGCCAAAUAUAAAAGUUUCAAAAGACGUAGGGCUGCCAGAAGAAAAUUUCAGCCAACGUUUAUUGCCAAAACAAGUGAAGAUGAGCUAAAAGCAUUUUUUGGUUUGUUAUAUUUUCAAGGCGUAUUCAAGUCGGGUCAUGAGGAUCUAAGGUCAAUGUGGUGUACUGAUGGAAUAGGAAGAGACAUUUUUAGAGCUACAAUAAGCCUUGCAAGAUUUUCUUUUUUGCUUUGUUGUUUACGCUUUGAUGAUUUACAAACCAGGAAGGAAAGGAUCAAAUUGGACAAACUGGCGCCGAUUUCAGAAGUUUUUAAUACAUUUGUGGAUAACGCACCGGAAAUGUAUAACCCUGGUGAUAAUGUUACCCUGGAUGAGAUGUUGGUACCCUUUAGAGGUAGAUGCGGAUUCCGUAUGUACAUCCCUAGUAAACCAGCUAAGUAUGGCUUGAAAGUACAAAUUCUGGCGGAUUCAAAGACCCACUAUAUGUUGAACGCCGAAAUAUAUACUAUACAGGUGCCCAAAUUGGAGAUCGGACCCCUAAAGAAAAACGUUUUUCGAAUCCUUCGGAGGUUGUGCUUCGUUUGACAAAGCACAUAAUGGGUACCAACCGUAAUGUAAUCGCUGACAACUGGUACUCUUCAAUUGAGAUAGUCAAUGAGCUGCUGAAUAAUAAGCUUACUUAUGUAGGCACUCUAAAAAAAAUAAACGUCAAAUACCACCAGAAUUUCAACCCAGCCGUAAGCGACAACCUAAAAGUUCACUGUUUGGUUUUUCUCCGGCGAUUACCAUGGUAUCAUUUGUUCCAAAAACUAAUAAAGCAGUUAUAUUAGUAUCAAGUAUGCACCACGAUUAUAAGAUAAAUGAAAUUUCAUUGAAACCAGAUAUAAUCGAGUACUACAAUGGGACUAAAGCAGGGGUUGAUGCUCUUGACGAAAAAUGCGCAAAUUAUUCUACUUCGCGCAGAACAAGACGUUGGCCAAUGGUAUUAUUUCAUGCAAUAUUGAAUAUUGCUGGAUUUAAUAGUUAUGUUUUAUAUAACUGUGCCCCUAAUGAAACAAAAAUUACGCGCUAUGAUUUUCUAAAGCGGCUAGGGGUAUCGUUAUGCAAGCCGUUCAUCAUAAAAAGACUAGGAAAUACAAAGGUACCUCGAAAGGUUCGAGAAAUGGGCUCUGAUAUUUAUCACACUGAGAUUCCAGAACCUCCUGUGCCCACUCACUGAUAGAACAACGUGGUCAAAGGACCGAAAAACAAAUACUGUUUGCAAUAAUUGUAAAAAGCCUUUGUCAACAAUGUGCAGUAAAAGUUUGUCCUAACUGUACUAAGUAAG